AUGAGUUCUGACGAUUCACAAGAUUAUUCAACCAGUGAUGACGAUGAUGAUUUUUUCAUUGCUCAUGAUAUAGAAGAGCCAGCAAACCAAGAUGGCAGGGAACUUCCACAGCAACAAAUUUCAAACACCAGUGAAGAUUUUGAAGAAGGAAAGCCUUCUAUUCAUACUGCAACCAAUCAAGACCUUUUACCAUUAGAUUUAUCGACAGAAAUUAGCCUAGCUAACGUUAAUGUGGUUGACAAAUAUCGUGAGAAUAUUCUCCAAAUCGACGAGUCUGAACCUAACAUCCCCAUAUACGAUAUAGUAUAUGAAAGUCCGAACUACAAUAACUCUAGUAAAAGAAUAACAAGAGGAAGAUCAAAACUUAGAAAUUCAAAUUCAGAAUUUCCUAAAUCUCCAAACGAUUCUCUUUCUAGGUCACAAUCUAGAUCACUUUCUCCAUAUAAUACAAAACGCCAAAAAAUAUCAUCUACUAAUUCAAAAGUAAAUAACAAGUUAAAUUCCAAUGAGAAAGAACUAAUGUCAGAUGAAGCAGAAGAUGAAGAUGAUGAAUUUUUUAAAGCUUUGAAACAUUCUUCUUCUGUGCCGCCUUCAUCAACCAUGAAAUCUGAUAUAAAAACCACAAAAGAUCAAGGAAACCCUAAGAGAAUAUAUAAUGUGAGAUUUAUAUCAAAAAUAGAGGGAACAUUGGAUAAAAAAGUACAGGUAAAAGUUUUAGGAAAAUUCCCGUUCUCCAAAAUAUUACCACCAGCUUUGAAAGCAUUUUCUGAAGAAUACAAAAUCCCAAAUGUUUUGAAACAGUACUAUAGAGUUAACAAUGUAACACUUUAUUGGAAUGAUUCGAAACUAUUAAAUUUUAUGACCUGUAAUUCGCUAAAUAUUCCUCAAAUAUAUGAAAAUGAAAUAUCUGAUGUAGAAAUAAUUGUGAUUACAAAGACUAACGAAAAAAGUUAUGAAGAUAAAAUUAAUAUGAGUUUAAAGCAAAAUAUUGAACAAAACUUAGCACAGAAAUCUAACGAAAUCAAAGAACUUCGUAAAUUAAAGGUAGAAUCUUUUGAACAUAAUUCAAUUCAAGAAUUUGAAAAAGAACUUAAAGAAUUAUCUCAAGAUGGUGUAGAUACGAAACAAACAGCAAAUAUAGAUGAUAUUCCGAAUGAAUCUCAUAUCAAAAUUGCUCUACUUACACAAGACAAUAAAAAGUUGUAUGUAAAGGUUCGAAACUCAACACCAUUUUCGGAGCUAGUGAAUUAUUUUAGAGAACAAAAACAACUAGGAGAAACCCAACAAAUUAAAUUAAUUUUCGACAAUGAAGAAUUGGACUUAAAUGAGACAGUUGGGGAUCAAGAUAUGGAGGAUGAAGAUAUGAUAGAAGUCGUACUAAUUUAG